CCGCGAGACUUUGGUGGGCGUGGACACCGAGGCGAGGGCUUCCUGCUCGGCUGAACACGUGGUUCCGUGUCUGCUUUCCUGCUUGUCUGUCAGUGUGUGAAGGUUUCCAGCCCUUCUCUCACUCCUCUUCCCUCUCUAUCCUCCCAUACAGCACAGCAGACCUUCUCCUCUUUUUAUUGUCCACCCGCUCCUCCUCCUCCCUCUCUCCUCCUCCCCCUGCUACACUUUCCUUCUUCUCCUCGCGACGGUUCCCGGGACUGUCGACAGCCAGGCCGCGGUCACUUCAACGUGUAUCCGUUCAAAGAGAAAGAGAGAGAGAGAGGAGAGAGAGAGAGAGAGAGAGGAGUGUGUGAAAGUGUGUGUCUAAGGGAGAGAGAGAGCGCGUGUGUGUGUGUGAGUGAGUGCGUGUGCGCGCACCCGCCCGCAACCGGUCCAUCCGUGUUAUUUCCUUCCCCUACUAUCCCGCCUCGUUUUUCGGUCAUGACGCUGGAAGCGAUCCGCUACCGGGCCGGGUCUCUGCAGAUCCUGAACCAGCUGCUGCUGCCACACCAGACCGCUUACGAAGAGGUCCGCUCGGUGCAGGACGCUUACGAGGCCAUCAAGUCCAUGAAGGUGCGUGGCGCCCCGGCCAUCGCCAUCGUCGGCUGCCUCAGCCUGGCUGUGGAGCUGCGGGCGGGUGCCGGCGGCGAUGACCCCGUGACCUUCAUCAGGGAGUCUCUGUGCCACCUGACCUCAGCCAGGCCCACCGCCGUCAACAUGGGCCGCGCCGCCCGCGAGCUGAUGGAGUUUGCUGAGAACGAGAGCAUGGAGAAGAACUCGGAGCAGCUCAGAGAGAGUGUAAUCGCCUGGAUUGAAGACAUGUUGGAGCGUGACGUCAAUGACAACAGGAAGAUCGGUAACUAUGGCGCUCAGCACAUCCUGUCUGGCGUCCCGAGGGACUCUGUGACCAUCCUCACGCACUGCAACACCGGCUCGCUGGCCACAGCUGGAUACGGCACUGCACUGGGUGUGGUGCGGAGCCUCCACGCGCUGGGCAGGCUGAAGCGCGUUUACUGCACGGAGACAAGACCGUACAACCAGGGAUCCAGGCUGACGGCAUAUGAGGCGGUAGCGGAGGGAAUCCCUGCUACGCUUAUUACAGACAGCAUGGCAGCCCUCACCAUGAGAGAAAUGGACAUCACAGCUGUGGUGGUGGGUGCAGACAGGGUGGUUGCCAACGGUGACACAGCCAACAAGGUGGGCACGUACCAGCUGGCUAUCGCCGCAAAGCACCAUGGGAUUCCCUUCUACGUGGCCGCACCCAGCACAUCGUGCGACCUGAGCCUGGAGAGCGGCAGGGACAUCAUCAUCGAAGUACGCCCCCCUGAGGAACUCACUAGUAUAAAUGGAGUCCCCAUUGCUGCCCCCGGUAUCGAGGUGUGGAACCCGGCGUUCGACGUGACCCCUCACCAGCUCAUCACAGGAGGCAUCAUCACAGAGCUUGGAGUAUUCCUCCCCUCUGAGCUGCAGGCGGCGCUGACCGGUCGCCUCACUGCCCUCUAGAGCUGCUCAGCCCCUCCUGCUGGUCCGUGUGCACCACUGCACCUUAACGUUAGACACUGAAAGAUACUCUCAUCUCACCACACACACACACACACACACACACACACACACACACACACACACACACACACACAAAGGCAUGGUGGUUGUUAAGUUUCAUUUUGAUAAACGCACUGUCACUGUUAAAUGUCAGUGGUGCACACAGAGAUAAAAUGUUCUUCAGUCUCUUACUCACCUACACACAAGUACACACAAAUUCACUGCAGGGAGUCAAGCAGACACACAUGUGCAGUCUCCCCUUUCUUUUAUGUCCGUCUUUUUUGUGGUCUCUCCUUUUCACCUUUCCCCAGUUUUCCAUCCCGUCUUUCAUCCUCUCUCGCCGCGUCUUUGUCUUUCUAAAUGGCUUCUGUGACAACGAACAGCGCUUCACUGGAUUCUAUUCCUUAAAUUCUAUUUGGCGGUCUGUUUUUAUGAGUCAUUACUGAGGUGAUUUUUCAGGGCUUCUAAAAUGACUCAUGACUGAUUUUUUUUUUCAAAGUAGUGAUUUUGAUUAGCCAUAGUUUCUAAAAUGCUGCUACCCACUUGUAAAUAUACAUAUUCUUGCUGGUAGUGUGUACAUAUGUAGAAAACUAACCCCUGCUAGUAAAGGUACUGCUAUUUUAACCAAAUAUGUGGUUAUUUAAAAUUAAAUUUGACAUUGAAAAUGUUAUAUUAACAUUUAAUUUCUUUUGUUCUGUGCUUGAAACCUUUUGUAGAGGAAUAAUCCAAAUUUAUAGCUCAUAGAUUUUUGCAGCCAGAAAUUCUUAGUGAUAUUAAAAAUUCUAUUUCACUCAAACUUUUUAGCCUGUGUGGCAAAAUUUUGAACAGGCAGAAUUUCUCAAUCGGUCUCGUUAGUCAGCUGAAGCCUAUGACAAUACAUGGCUGUAUUUAUACCUCACUCCUUGUUUCUAUCUUCUCAUUUUCAUGCGUAUUAUAAUGUACUCAUAUAUAUAUGUGUAUGUGUGUGUGUAUAUACACACACACACACACACACACACACACAUAUAUACAUACACACAAUGUAACCAUAGUUAUUUCGUAGUUAUUUCAGCACCAUACAGAUAUUCAUUAUACUGCACAGGAUGCUCUGUAAGAAUGAAAAAUCUUAAGGACAUGGUGUCAUUUUUGCCAUGACAGCUUUUGCUGUGAGCUGAGAAGUCUCUAACAAUGUUGUAUUUCUGUAAUACAGCCAUUACUAUUAAAGGAAUAGUUCACCCCAAAAUGAAAGUUUGGUGGUCUGCUCACUUGCACGUCAAUCAAGGCUUUAUAAACAUUUGAGCAACCACAAAAUACCAAUACAGCUUAUUGCUCUUUUAAGGCAGGUGUACCCAAAAUUAUGUUUAAAUGUUUUGAUAGUAAACUUAGUACUGGGUGCUUGCUACAAAAGUUUGUGUUUAGCUAGAGCAGUUUCAAAACAAUACAAGAAAAGCUGAAUAUUGUACUUUAAAACUGCUCUUAUGAAUUUUUUAUGAUGAUUCACCUGAAUCUACAGUUCCCCUCAGCUCAGUGUUUUAGCUUCUUUCAGCUCACUGUUUUGGUUUUACAACUCACAGCUUCACAAUUUUGUUUCGUUCUUUCUGCUGUCGAUCAAAAAGCAGACAAAGAAAGUUAAUGAGCAGCCGGUGAACAUGUGACACAUUUCAAGAGCCAGAGCCAAUGGAGAGCUGAAAGGGAAGUAAAUAUUGGACUGAUGGCUUAUGUUGUCGUGUCCACAGUAUAAAUAAAUAAGCAGCUAUUUGCUAACGUGUCUGCCAUAUACAUUUUAUAAUAAUAAUAUAUUAAUGUGACCAAAAAAUGAAUCAAUUCGUGCAGAUUCAGAGAUCCACAGUGUUGAUCUGAUGCAGGUGCAGAGUUUGUGAAAGUGUCUAUAGAAAGAAAAAUGUUUAUUUGUUACAUUAUGUAAUAGAUUUAAAAUAAGCUCAGUUACUCAGAAGUCUAAGAGGAAAAUAUGAGGCCAAAUUGUUGUGAAUUUGCUAUUGAGCUGUCGACAACUUCAUGUCUUUAUUCUGGGGUGAACUCUUCCUUUAAGAUUGGUGGGGUGUUUUCCACACUGCAGAAAGCUCUGUGACUACAUCUGAAAACAAUACAUGGCACGAUGCCACCAACAGUCAGAAUGUAAUAAUUCAACUCAGACUUGCUUUAGUCGGGGGCUGUGAUCAGGCCAGACUUCGGACACUGUCACUUCUUUGCCUUUGUGCACAGUUCAGAAUGUGUUUUGACUAUUUGGAUUAGUUCCCUCUUAUAACUGACUGCUGUUUUACUCCAGACUGACUUCCAGCCCACCAGACUACUCUAUGAGGUCAGGGCAGCUAAGGACAGGUAGACAUCAAGGACGCAAAGCGUUUUCUCCAUAGUUAUUGGCUGAUGUUUCUAGCCCUGUCAGCCAUGGGUUUGUCUCUGCUUGAUCCUGACAAUGGCAGAGCAGGAUUAAAAACAGGAAUAAAAGGGUAAAUGUUGUUGUUUAUCAGAUUCAUCUAGCGCUGAAACAGAAAAAGAAUCAGUUACAGUUUUGGUAAUAUAUCAAUUGUUUAUUAUUUUUUUAUGCAACAUGCUGAGCGUUCACUGGUUCCAAAUUCAGAAAUGUGAAUAUUUGCGACUUUUCUCAGUCUUACAUCACUGUAAAUUAUAAUAAUUGACAGAUUGGUAAAGGAAGUAAUCAUUAACCUCGGCCCUACCCUCAUCACGCGCCUACAUUGGCUCUCUAGUUGAAAAAUAGCAUCGUAGCACCCAGUUUUAAAACCAAGACACCAACAUUGUAUUUUCCCAUAAGCACUAGACUGUUAGGAUUUUUAAAACGCAGAUUGAACCUGUGUUUGGUUUCCCACGUCACACACACAUUUUGUGUGAAAGGGUGUGUGCUGAGUUCCUGCAGUUAAUGUCACCUGGCCAAUGAUCCAACAAUACAUUAGUUUUUUGGGUUUUUUUUAAGUCGUCAUAGAAAAGUCCCGGAUACUGUAUCUUAGUCUGUACGGGACACACCCACUCGCUGUACUGAAUGUCACAGGGCCCACACUGCUCACUGCCUUACAGGUGCAGCACCGGUACGUCAUAACAGGAGAGACGGCAGACCCCCAGUCCUUCCUCCACCCUGAUAAGUGUCAUGUAGCCGCACCGCCAGAUCUCAUCAAGCUCAAACAGAUGUAGAGAAGAUCUCUGAGUGCAUUUAGACAGACUAGUACCCUCGUUAGGAUUGGGUUUUUUGACUAUCCUGGGACUGUUGUGAAAUGUAAACAUACCGUAUCCAGGUUACUGAUCAUUCUCUGCCAUGUGUGUGAGCCCAUCAUCGAAUGAAGUUAUAAAGUUGUUGGGAAAUUGUUAUCCAUUACUGGUGAUCAGAUGGAGAGGUUUAUACAGCCAGAAACCAAACUGUGUUCAUCCUCAUCCUCAACCACACAUUGCCUACAUUAUCCACAGUGCAUUGCUAACUGCCAACAGUUCCCUGUGGGAUGUCCGGUGUGUUUAUUUUAUGCCAUUGGAGGAUCAGAAGCAAGCUAAAUCUGGGAUAGUGAUGCACUUGUAGAUGUUACUGUCUGGCUUUUGUGCUCGGUUUUCUCAGUGAGGUUGAUGAGACAGACGUCUGCGGUUUGGCCACAUAACACGCCAGUCUACCUUCCCACCACUCCUUCACUGAUCUCACACACCACCUUUGUUGACUUCAGCAUUCUCUUGAUUCAUUUAAAGAUGUGGCAAAUACACAACCCCACCUUUGUACUUUACAGGACCACUGAGAGGUCCAGAGAAAGCACCCCAAAAAAAGUUUAAUGUCACUGAUAAUUGCAGUAUCCAUAGUGUCAUUGUCCAUAUCUUUGAAAUGCUGUAAUAUAAGCUCACUCCCUCCUUCACCUUCAUCUUCCUCCUUAUCCCUCUUUGUUUCUCCUUGGUCCACCCAUUAGACCUCAACUCACAAAGAUGCUGGUAGGUCACACGAGCAGAAAAGACACUUGUGUAUUUGAAUUUUCUUUCUUUGUUUUGUACAGUCUAAGACAUCACACGUUUGGGGGCAAUGUUACUGUUCCAGACAUAUGUAGCAACUGUGUGGCCGUCAGACCAGCCGCAUAUUUCUUUCAAAAUCUUUAAGACGUACAAGAUUUUUGUUUGUCUGUACAUCAUGAUUAUAACUGUUUGGCUGUGAUUUAUUGUUUUUAUUUCAUGACAUUGUGAUUCCUAGUGACUAGGCCAUUAGUACACCACACUGGGGAGGCCUCCUCAACCAUACACACUACCUCUCCGUCUGCCUACACGGACUCGAACACUCAAAUGCAUGAACACAAGCACUUAAUGUGCCAGGCUGCAGCAGAGCAGAUUGACAGAUUGCAGGGGAAAAAAAAUCUGGACGGAAAUUCUCCACAUCUCACCAAUGUUUGUAUCUUGAACCCAAAGUGACAAAUAAUUUGUGGCGGUGGUUUUAGUUUGCCAAAGUAGCCUACAUUCAGGCUAGUGUGUUGUGUUGGGUUGCAGCUGAAUUGUUUCUGCAUUAUGUUUUUAAUAUGCAGUAUGUUUUUACACCAUGCUUUUGAAGCAGCAGCAAUAUAUUAAAAAGAUUUUCCACCAACGCCCCCUUGAGAAGCCCAACACAUGCCUCGUAAUCAGGUGCCAAAAUUCAGCGCUGCUCGCCACAUAUUUUCCACAUUGAUUUGAUCAAAGUAGGUGCUUGUGUAUUAUCAAAUGAUUAGUAUGGCCUGCAAUUACCAUGGAAGGAGUGUUGUUCAGAUGGCCUCUUUAAGUGCAAGUAUGUUAUCGUUGUUAUUGAUAAUCACUUGAUCUGGGUUUAAUUUUGUAACAUGUGGAAAUAGUUCAAAACUGGAUUUUUUUUAUAUAUAUGUAUAUGAAUAUAAUGCUGUAAAGUGCAGUCAUGAAUUAAGAGAUUUCUCUCUCACAUCAAUACAGUAAAAAGAAUAAAACCACAGUGAAAACA